ACGGGAACUUCAAACUGAUGAAAAUACCGUCUGAACCUGGGACAAACUCGCCAGUAGACGAGAAGAUUUAUGGUUGAUAGAUUCUCAGCUACGUGGUAGGGUUCUGAUCGGCGAUGGCGCUUCCUCUGGGGAAGCUCACUAUCCUUGUCGGUGCAGGUAUACUUGGGUCUGUCCUUGCGAAGGAGGGUCACAUGUCAAAUGUAUCUGACUUUUUGUCUGGUGCUUUUAAGAUUGUUGUGAAGCAAAUUCAGAGAGAUGAUUCUACUCCAAGUGCCAAACCCCCAAAUGAUGCUCUUCUGGCACAGGUAAAUAGCUUACGGCAAGAGCUGCAGCUUUUGGCAUCGAAUAGAUCAGUUAUGAUUAUAACUGGGGGUAGAUCAGGUGCUGGCACCUAUGGGGUCCCAGUUGUCAUCGUCUUUGGUGUAGGAUAUGGAUAUAUAUGGUGGAAGGGUUGGAAGCUUUCUGACAUGAUGUUUGCAACAAGACGUGGUUUAUCUGAAGCUCGCACAGCUGUAGCUAGUCAGCUUGACCAACUUUCCUCAUCCAUUUCACAAGCAAAGCGAUUUUUAUCUACAAGAAUUGAUCGUGUGGAUAUUAGAUUAGAUGAGUGUAUAGAGAUCACAGCCGCAACAAAAGAGGAGAUUUCCAAAGUACGAGGUGAUACGGAGAGUAUUGGCAUUGAUGUGGAAUCUGUUCAUCGUGCAGUGCAAACUCUGGAAACAAGAAUUGUGAAAAUAUCAGGGAAACAGGAUCUUACUAACGAAGGAGUUCAAAAGUUGUGUGCUUUUGUCUGGGAUUUGGAGCAAAACAGAAUGCCGGAGCGUAUUGAGGCAUCACAGUCCAGUUCAUCCAGGCCAGCUUUGGACCUUCCACAAACCACACCGAUAUCAAGGCAGAUGAGUUCUUUGCCGCCCAGAGUUAUAUCAUUGGAACCACCAUCUCCAUCUGCAUCUAGUGAACCUCCAAAGGUUUCACGACCACUGCAGGGUGCUGUGUCAGCCUCGGGUCUGAAGGAGCUUCAAGGAAUGACAAAUGCUACUAUUGAGGCAUCAACGUUUCCCAAAAUUUAUAAUGGGAUCCAAAAUUCAGAAGAUGUUAACAGCAAUGAAUCUACGAGUAGUUCCAGUCGGGCUGGGUGGAGAAUUCCUGGAUUGAAUGCAUAUUUUCUACCAAGAAAACACAGUUCGACUUACUCCUUCAAGUAGUAUUUUUUCAGGCCAACUCACCCCCUCUAUUGAUCGUAAUUUAUCUGUAUA